AUGAGUCAGAGAGCCUUGAUAAUUCCAAAGAAUGACGUCGUUGAAAAGCUCAAUCAGAAAGUUAUUGAAAUUUUCCCUGGAGCCGAGGUAGUGUAUCACUCCUUUAACACGGUAACAGAUGACCCCAAGCAUUUGUGGACAGAAGAUUUUAUCAACAGUAUUGCUCCAGGUGGAUUACCUCCUCACAAGCGUAUACUGAAGAUAGGUGCUCCAAUUAUUCUCUUGAGAAACCUUGAUCCAAAGUAUGGGCUUUGUAAUGACACAAGGUUACUGUGUCGAAGACUAUUCACAAACUUCAUCGAUGCAGAAAUUGUUACAGGUAGUUGCACAGGGAUGAGAGUGUUGAUUCCGAGGAUACCCAUAGAGCCCCCAAAAGACUCAAAACUCCCUUUUAAGCUUACACGAAAGCAGUUUCCAGUUCAUGCAAGUUUUGCCCUAACUGUUAACAAGUCUCAAGGGCAGACCAUACCACAUGUUGGUGUUUACCUACAAGAAUAUGUGUUUAGUCAUGGACAGUUAUAUGUUGCUUUGUCCAGGGGAGUCUCAAGAAUCACAACAAAAGUAUUAGUCAAGAAUGAGGCUCUUCCAGAUAUUGCUGGAACGUGUACCAGAAAUGUUGUUUUUCAAGAUGUUCUGAAAUUAUAUGAUAGCGUUGGGUGA